AUCUCUUCUCCUGUAUACAAUCUGAACAAUACUAUAUCAAGAUGUUGAGCUCACCAAAUCGUCUCUUCCUUCUACUCUCUCUUAUCGUUGUGUACUGUACCCGACAAUACCCCGAUCGAGUGGCAAACAUCAGCACAUUCCUCCGUCCAGAAAGUCUGGAUAUUGGCCACUUACAUCAUCUCUUCAUUCAGGCUGCUCAACUCUACCUCGUCUACUCCAUCUUCCUCAUUUUACAUUCUACCCUACUCCAACUUCGAGCUGAAGGGAUAUUGACCUCUUUCUGCUCGAUCUACGGACAUUACAAGGCGUAUGCAAUCCGUCUUUUCCUCCGCUUACCGGCGGUCCGACGUAAAGUCGAUCUUGAACUUGCUGAGGUAAAAUCUCAGCUCCUCGUCAAGUGGGGUAUAAAGCAAGAUGCAGGAGAUGUGAAGCACGCAUCCGUGGGCCAAUUGCCAGAACAUGGAAGAAGUAGACAAUGGUUGGAAGAGGAAUGGACAUCUCUCAAACGACUUCAAGGAGAGCAUGCGACAGAUGGAAGGAUCAGUGGGACCGUUUACCAUGGGGGAGAGGAAUUGAAUAGGAUCAUCAUCGAUGCCAUGUCAGAGUUCUUACUUGCCAAUCCUCUUCAUACCGAUAUCUUCCUCGGCGUGAGGAAGAUGGAAGCGGAGAUUAUCAGCAUGUGUCUUCAUUUGUUCAAUGGCCCAAAUGGAGCAGGUACAACGACUUCAGGAGGAACAGAAUCUAUCCUCAUGUCUAUAAAGACUCAUCGUGAUUGGGCACGUCAAACAAAGGGCGUUACCAAGCCAGAAAUGGUUAUUCCGUCGUCUGCUCAUGCAGCUUUCUGGAAAGGUGCAGAAUAUUUCGGCGUCAAGCUUCAUGUCAUUCCUGUCAAUCCCACAACCAGGCAAGCGGACGUCAGACGUAUGAGACGGGCGAUAAAUGGGAACACUAUCAUGAUAGUUGGCUCUGCACCAAAUUUUCCUGAUGGAAUUAUAGAUCCAAUUCCGGAACUCGCAGCUUUGGCCGAGAGAAGAGGAAUAGGUUUACACGUCGAUUGCUGUCUUGGAUCGUUCUUAAUGCCAUUCCUCGGUCGUGCAGGCUUGGACGAUGGCGUGCCGUCUUUUGACUUUAAGCUCCCCGGUGUGACUGCAAUUAGUUGUGACAUUCACAAAUAUGCGUUCUGCCCAAAAGGUUCUUCCGUGAUCAUGUACCGCUCCAAGGAAUUGAGAAGAUACCAAUACUACGUCAUCACUGAUUGGGCUGGGGGAGUGUAUGCAAGUCCUUCUUUGGCGGGGUCAAGACCAGGUGCAAUCCUCGCUGGAGCUUGGGCGGUGUUGAACCAUAUUGGGGUGGAUGGAUACACUGCAUCAUGUAGAGAAAUAGUCACUGCCGCUCGAACCUUUGCCGAAGUUCUUCAUGCUGAAUUCCCCGAUCUGUACAUUCUUGGAGAGCCGAAAUUGGCAAUUGUAGCAUUUGGCGCCAGGUCCAAAUCUCUAGAUAUCUAUGCGGUAGGGGACGCGUUGAGUAAAAAAGGAUGGCAUUUAAACGCUUUGGCUAAUCCUCCCGCUUUACAUAUGGCUUUCACUCAUGCAAACGCCAAUUCAGUGUCCAAACUCACUGAAGAACUACAAACUGCUAUCUCAUCAGUCAAAGCUUCUCCGCCAAAAGAUGGAGAUUUGGUCGCAUUAUACGGAUUGGGUCAAACUUCCGUAGGACCCCAUGUAGUAAGUCGACUAGCAGAGUUGUAUUUGGAUACGAUGUACGAAUAAUUCAUACGUAUCUCACCCCAAGGGGACAUUGUUCAGGGAUUAUAGGGACUGUGACAAAUAUCUGGUUUGAGAAUCAAUGCGUAUCAUCAGUGUGAGACAUAGACAUCUCGGGCGAUUGACGUUGAGUAAAUAUGUAUGCAUUUUUUCUGACC